UUGACUUUAUUGACCAAUACGUGUCAUUUCUUUUUAAAAAUUGAAGCCACGUAGGCAGGGACGAAAUUGAAGGUAAAAAAAAAUCAAAAAGGUAGAUGACCGUUGAGGGACUAAAUUGACUAAAAUAGAAAAUAACCCCCAAUUAUAAACCCUAAAUCAAUCUCCAUUUCUUCCUCUUCUCAUCUCCAUCUUCUUCCUCUUCUCAUCUCCACUUCUCAUCUCCAUCUUCUUCCUCUUCUCAUCUCCAUAACCAUUUUCGAUUAGUUGAAAGAUGAAAGGAGUUCCACCAAUUUCACAACAAAGAGAAGCUUCAACUAACCAAAUUGGAAGUCAAUCAUCAUCCUCACGUUUUGAUCGGAGGCCUGACUGUUUUUGUGAGAGAAAGACAGUGAUGCUUAGAGCAAAAACAUUGAAGAAUCCAGGGAGACAAUUCUACACAUGCCCACUAAACAAAGAAGAUAGUGCAAAUUGCAAAUACUUCAUGUGGGUUGAUGAGUGGGAAGACUAUCUUGCAAAUGAAUCUUUAAGAAGAGUAGAAAGAAAAGAAGGAGUAAAAGAUGAUGAAAUGAAAACUAGUGUUGACAACAAUUAUGAAAAUGAUAAGUUCAAGAGAGAUGUAAACUCAAAGUUGGAUAUGUUGGUUGUUGACAUGAAGCUUAUAAAAUACUUUGUAUUUGCUUGUAUUGUGAUUCAACUUUUGUAUAUGGUUGUUCACAAGUAG